CUGUGUGUCGUUAGAGGACACGUGAGUGGGAAGCUGUUUCCCGGGGCUGAUGCGCGCCUGCGCAGUGAGCGGCGGCUCGGCCAAGUGUCCGCGGCGUGAAGAAGCGCAGACACGCGUCAGUCUGUGACAAGACGUGAACGGCAACACACUUCAGUGUGACAAGACACGCGUGGAAUUACCAACAUUUAAAUUUUAAAAGGAAAGGUUGGCUUUUUUUAGCGGCGACGAAGGAGACAACAAACAGAUGGAUGAAAGGAUAGAACAUUUACACGACAGACACUUCAUGGACCGCGCGGAUUUUUUGGGGGUGGACUACCCUUCUUUGUACAUGUGCAAACCGAAACGCGGCAUCAAGCGGGAGGAUGGUGGAAAGGACGCGUACAAGUUACCUCAUCGAUUAAUCGAGAAGAAGAGGAGAGAUCGAAUCAAUGAAUGCAUCGGUCAGCUGAAGGAUCUGCUUCCGGAACAUUUGAAGCUAUCGACCCUGGGCCACCUGGAGAAGGCAGUCGUCCUGGAAUUGACGCUGAAACAUUUAAACGCGCUGACCGCCGUGACGGAGCAGCAGCACCAGAAGAUCGUGGCUUUGCAGAACGGGAAGAAGACGUCCGUUCACGCCGACCUGGACGCUUUUCAUUCCGGCUUCCAGACGUGCGCCAAGGAGGUCCUGCAGCACCUGAGUCAGUUCGAGAACUGGACCACGCGUGAGCAGAGCUGCGCGCAGCUGGUCAAGCACCUGCACAAAGUCCUGGCCCAGGUCCAGUCGGGCGCGACAGCGGACUGCCAGAAAGCCGACAACCAGGUCCCCGUCAUCCAGAGGACCCAAGGCGUGGGCGGGGACGUGACGGAGAACGACACGGACACGGACAGUGGGUACGGCGGCGAGGCGGAGAAGGGCGAGGGCAAGGAGUGCGAGGGAGGCGGCAAGAAGAUCAAGCAGGAGUUCGGAGACGAUCGUCCCGCCAAGAAAGCAAAGAUGAACUGGUCCUUGAACGCAUCAUCGGAUGUGGCGUUCAUGAACUCUCUGAUGGGAUUAAGCGGCGUAGGACAGCAGACGCCCGUUUGCAUGCCUUUCUACUUCAUCAACCCGUCCGCCGCCGCCUCCUACAUGCCUUUUUUUGACAAGAGCACCAUGGAGAAGUGCGUGUACCCCACGGCGGCCGCCCUCGCCUCGCCCUUCCCGUGGCUCUACCCCGCACAGGCGGCAGCCUUCCCGGGCUUCUCCCCCCCGUGCAAGGACCCCCCGCCGUGUGGCGACGAGGCGGAGGCCAGCUCACCUGAGGAGCGCCGGGAAAGUGACGGAAGUAACGAUGACGUCAGCGGCGCGUCACAAGAAAGUCGGGGCGAUCUGCGUGACCAGUUUCCUGUUUCCUGUCAAAGCAGCUAACUUGUCUGGCAGACGUCGCGCUGUUCGUGGACACUUUAUUGUGUGGAUGCUGAGAGUCACGCACUCCACGCGUCACAGUGAGAAUCACUUGUAAUCAUAUUUUGGGUGGGCAAAUAGUUUAAUACCUAAGUCUAUGCCAGGGGUCCUCAAUAGUGAUAGUAAACAAACACAAAUUUCCCAAAUAAUGAAAUCAUGAAGCUUUUACAAAAAAAACAAAAAACGCUUAUUAUUGUAAAUAUAUCGUCCACAACGCUAAUUUAACAUAUAUAUAUAUAUA